AUGGAUUCAGGAGUUGGAAUGGGAUUGCAGUCGACUGCCAAGAAAAAGCGAAAGUCGGAUGAGAUUGAGGUACGUAGGGAGCAAUUGAAAAGAAGGAGACAAGAAGCCAUGGCGACCUUGGCGUUGAUUGAAAUUGAGGAGAAAAAGUUGAUGGAUUUCACGAACACUGAGAGAGUUAUUGAGACCGAGGCGAAUUUCGAUGAGGAUGAUGAAAGCUGCAAAUCUGAUGAGAAUCCAUUGACUGACUUUGAAGGAGAGUUGCCAGCUUUGGCAGAUGACAUUUAUGAUUUACCGGAUAUCCCGUCUAUUGGGAAUCAAACUAAGACGAGUUGGGAUGAAUCUGGGCAGGACUUUGAUGAUGAGAAUUUACUAGAAGAGACAUCCCGUAGGCAGGACACCGUUGAGAAGAAAUCUGGUACAGAUACGGCAUCUAUUAGCGUAUUUGCAGACAAAAUGGCUCAACUAUUGAGUCGUCAAGGUGAUGACAACAAACUGCCAAAAUUCAAUGGAAACCCUGCCAGCUGGCCACUGUUUUAUUCCAGCUACAUACGUACGACUAAAAGUGGAGGUUAUAAAGGAGAUGAGAAUGUGUUGAGACUACAAAAAUGUCUUGAGGGAGACGCAAGAGAUGCAGUUAUUUCUCUCCUCGCCAGACCUGACAAGGCGGACAAAAUUAUUGAGAUUUUGAAGAGAAAAUUUGGGGGAGACGAGAGAGUAGCUCGCUCAGCCAUAGAAAAGCACUGGAUGGAAUUGAUGACAAUUCUUACUCUCCAAGAUCGUCGACUACUCAAUGAGUUUGAAGAGAAAUUGCCCUUAAAUUUGAAGUGGAUGUGGUUGUCUCACAUAACCCACAAUGAGAAGGCGAGAUUGCCUGAAUUCUCGGAAUGGUUGGCCGGGAUUUCCAAAGUAACAGCUGACCGGCCAAAAAGUGAUAGAGAUGAACGCACAUCUACGACAAAGGAAUUCCGGAAGACGCGUCAAGUAGGUUCAGUAUCGACGAAGAAACCAUCGACUUGUAGUCGCUGCGCAGAAGCUCAUCGACUUGAGGAUUGUCCUAGUUUCAAAAAGAUGAGUACUGAUGAAAGAUUUAAAUUCGUCAGGACAAAUGGGCUUUGCAUCCGAUGUCUCAAAUCUGGACACAAAAUUCGGGAAUGCAGGAUGGUGAAACAAUGUCAAGUACCAGAAUGUACAAGGACACAUCAUUUUCUUCUGCAUGUGGAUAUAAAACCGAGUAAAGUUGUAACUUCUGAGAUAAAAAGGGAUGAAAAGGUUGAUGAUUUGGAUAAGGCAAAGCAAGUAGCUGUAUGUGGCAGCAACGAGACUUUACUGCGAAUUAUUCCUGUCACUGUCUCAAACCAUACAGGAAAAUCACUUAACAUUUUGGCGCUACUAGAUUCUGGUUCUGCCAUCACUAUGAUGCACCGGGAAGUUGCAGAGUAUUUAGAGUUGGAUGGCCCAAGCAUUGGGUUGGCCAUCGAAUGGGUUGACGGCACUGUAGUGACUGACAAAAAUGCAAAAGUUGUUGAUUUCAACAUUAAGGGUAUAUCAGAAAGAGAUAGAAAAUGGUUGAUUAAAGAUGCUUAUGUAGUAACUCAUCUUGACCUCCGACCUGCGGAGCUGGACGUUGUAAAACUUAAGAAGCAAUAUCCAUACUUGAAGUCAAUUCCUAUAACAAGCUUCAAGAAGGAGAAGCCAUUACUCAUAAUUGGCGAGGACAAUGUGAAAUUAACAGUGCCAGGUGAAGUAAUUGAAGGUAGAAGAAAUCGACAGCCGCUUGCCUGUCGCACCCAGCUCGGAUGGGUAGUGUCGGGAUCAGAUGGAUGUCGUAACCUGAAACCGGUGGUAGCAUGUGUCACCGAACGUUUAAUCAGUUUGGUGGAAAGCACGAGUUCUACAGAGAACUUUGGGGUUAUGGCUCCCACAGCACAAUCAGGAGCCCGGGCAGAUAAGAAGGCAUUGGAUUCGAUGCAGCAAACAGUGGUUCGAAAGGAGGGAAGAUUUGAAGUCGGCCUAUUGUGGAAAAAGGUGAAUUAA